AUGCUCGGCGGUAGUGCUGUUCGCUUCCAAGGAGANAAGUUCGUGUACCGUUCCGCAAUCAACUUGAUGUCCUUCCUUUCCCUUCAUUUGGAAUUUACAGACACCUAUAGAGUCGCGUUCAUUCAGUUUUACGCGGACUGGUGUGGUUUCAGUCGUCAGCUGGCUCCAAUAUUCGAGUCCGCGUCCGAGGCGUUUUUGAAUCACACACAGCGCGGAGAAGUUAGCUUUGUCCGUGUGGAUUGCGAAUCCUCUUCGGAUCUCUGUUCAGAGGAAGGGAUUCGCAAAUACCCAACGCUGAGAGUGCUAAAAUACGGCGUCCGUGUCAAACGGGAAUAUCGUGGUCCAAGAACUAAGGAGGCACUGAUCAGCUUUGUUCAGGAGCAUCUUACUGACAAUCUAACCAUUGUGGACGGGAAGAAUGGUUCAGCUCGUCAGAUAUGGCCACAACUGACUGACACUCGUGAUAUGAUCAUAGGUCUAUUUCCUAAAUUGGACGAGAACAGUGAGCACCAGAGACAUUUCCGCAAAAUCGCUUUCCUCGAACGUGAGAACUGUUCUUUUCUACUGGUACACAAGUAA